UAAAUUACCAACAAAAAUGGAUCUAGGAGCUGGACUUGCAGCAGCACAGGCGAAUCAGAAGGAAAUGGUUUGCAACCUCACUUCAUGGGAAGAGUUUUGGGAAUCUCUGGACAAAUACACUGCUCUUUGCUCAGACCCAACUUCCAAAUUAGUCUUUGUAGAUGAUGAGCAGCAGAAUGUUUACUCAUGGAUACACAAGAAUGCAGAUGAAAUGGUUGAGAAGAUUGAUGAGAAGACAGAUUUGAAGGAGAUUAGUGAAAUUCUUCUUAAAUUCGACCAGAAACUCACCCACUAUCAGAAAUUUUAUAAGGACCACGGAAGUGACCUGUUUGAGAAGUUCUUUAGAAUGCAGUUGAUGGACCACCCUUCUUGUGUAGUGGAUUUUGACAAGACUAUUCAAGAUAUAGUUAAGGAGGAAGGCGAGAAUGAACAAAAACUUAUCAACAGAGUUAUUGACAACAUCCUCCUCAAGAUUAUUGACCACUCAGAUGGCCAAGAGAUGCUCGUGUGCAUGGUCUCUGUCAUGUUUGAAGGAAAGCAACACUCUAUUGUGGUUAUGAAAUCCUUGCUUAUAUUUUCGAAAAUCUUUACCAAAGCUAAGGAGAAUCAAGCGAAGUAUCUUCAAGGCUCGUUAUACACUCUUGGAGCUCUCCUCAAAGUUGAAGCUAGGUCUUACCUCUGCUCAAAGGAUGAAAGAGACUUGAUUUCAGAAGAUUGCAAGGAAGAAGAGGAUAAACAUUUCGAAGUCAAAAUUAGAGAUUUAAGCCAGUGCGAGAUAAAUCAUUUCGAGAAUGAACUCCAGCAUACGCUCAGCAGGUUUGUAGAGUCCUUAGUUGAUAUCAAGGAUAUUAGGAAUGGAAUACAGCAAAGCACCAUGAGUCUUCACAGCGAGAUUAUCCAAGAGGAUUUCUUAGAGAAAUAUGACCAAGAAAAUAAGAUAAAUCAUGUGAAUUUGAUGAGAAGUGAAGCCUCAAAUACUGCUUUAUUGUUCUUACUCGACUUGUUGCAGUUCUUCUAUCAGUUCUUAGCAAAGGCUAACCAGAGACCAUUGGAAGGAGGUCGGUACUCAGUUGAAGGAGAGUCUAAAUAUGCUAGGCUAUACAAUACCUUGCCUGCAUAUAUGAACCAUACAUUUGAGUACACUGUGAAUGACAGUGUGUUCUUAGUCCAGAAUAUUUUGAAGGCUAUCAGUGCUAUUUCUCCAAACCCAGCUCAUACCUUAGAACUGUGGCAUCUUAGGAGACAUAUUGAGGUCUUAACCAAUAUUGAUUCUAGUGAAUCUGCCAGAGAGGAGCAAAGCUAUGAGAGGACAGAUAAAUUCAACUCUAUAGGCCUUUUAAUGUACAUGUAUUGGAGUCUUAAACCCAGGAUUAACUCUACUGUUGAAGAGGAGUACAGAAUUGGCAGAUUCACUGAAUUAGAAGGUUUUGAGAGCCCUCUUCCAGAAACUACGACCAGAGAGUUCGAAUUUGAAAUCUUAUUUCCAUUGAUUUGUAAUGCAAUGAAAGGGAAAGUGUCUUAUCCUGUUGUAUUUGAUGUCUCAAUGGAGAUUCUUUCGUACUUUGUCAGAGUUGUGAAUCCUAAGAAACUCCAGUUCCCUGGCUGCAAAGUUUCAAUAGCUGGAAAUGCUUAUAAUGCGUACAAGGAGCUAUUGCAACACUUGAUGGAGUACAUUGGUAACCAAUCCGUUGGUACAGAGGAGAAGAGCAAAGUUGUUCUUGAGCUCUUCAAGAAGCUGCUUGGUCUCUACCCUCCAAGCAACAUGGAAGAUAUCAUGUUUGAUCUUAUUGUAGAAUCAAAGCAUGACAAAGAAAGAGGGCUUCUAGUUGACUUGUACAAGAACAUUCUCCUCAAAGCAAAUCAAGAAAGUGGGGAAGGCAUGAGUGUAAUCCAGCAGUUCAAGGAUCACCUGAGGUUGCUCAUCGACCACCACUUUGACACUGACAAGGAAUACAUUUUCGACAUCACAGAGAGAAUCAUCUCUACUCUUAAUUUAUGGCGAUCUCUGUAUAGCAUUGAAAAACAGAGAGAUGAGAUCUGUGAGACUGCAAAGAAGCUUCAUGAGCAAGUGUCACAGAAGAACUGCACUGAUAUUUCAAAUCUUGUUGAUAGCCUUGAGCCUGGCUUAGUGAAAGAAAAGGAAGAUGCCCUUUCGAAUCCAAACCUUGGCGAUGACAAUAAGACGCAGAUGCAAUGUCACUGGGACAGCAAUUUGAUGAAGCUUAUGAUUAUCAGAGAGGUUGUAGCUUGUAUAAGAGAAAUGUAGGCUCAAUUUUAGCACUUUAGCUCCAACUAGUCAAUAUUAAGCCUCA